UUUUCUGACCUUGCGAGAGGCGGGCCCCGCCGCCUUCCAACGAAUAAAAGCUAGCCCACGGAAUCCACGGCCGUAUUCCGCCCGUACGAAAAUACGUACACCAUAGCCUACAGAAUUGGAUCUGUCCAAGAUCAGAGAAUGCAUCGUCAAAUGGAAGGAAGAUGAAUGCAAAAGGAAGAAGGCGAAGCAGACCUUGUACUUUCUACAUGACCGUAUACGGAUUCUAACGCCUCAUGUACGGUCAAGGGUUUGGAAAGGUCUGUGAAGUGCGGCUUGGGAUUUCGGGUGUCUGGUGGAGUUAUGGAAAUCUGUUCGGGUUUGAAACCCUAUUCAGCAAGAAAAGUUUGAAGGUCUGUGUUAUGAUUGAUUUGAAGGGUUAUUAUGGAGUCUGAAGGUUUCUGAGGUGGAAUUCGUCGGUGUUGGCUGUUUUAGGAAUUGGGUCAUGGAGGAAGGGAACAGUUCGUGGGUUAGGAGGGUGAAAUAUUCGCAUACAGUCUAUCAUCGGUUGGAUUCUUCUAGAUUGCCAUCUGUUACGUUCUCUCUUCAAACCAAUUGCAAUCCUGUGUUAAAGCCUAAGAUUUCGAACACACCUCCCGGAUCGGUGGUCAAUCGUUUAUCAGGAGUAGUUCGAAAUGAUCCGAGAAGAGCCCCUGUCAAACAGAGAUCAAAAUCUCCUCUUCCGGAAAUUGCUCUUUCAGAUGAAUUCGAGGAAGCUAGGUCUGAUAGGCAGCGGUUUUCGACCCCCGGUCCCAGGAGAAAAGAACCCGAUAAGAGAGGUAUUGGUAGAUUAUUUUCUGGACAGGCCUCUGAUUCUCAGACGCGUGCUCUAGGGAAGUUAUCUUCCGUGAAAAUCCCUGAUAAAUUAUCUUCGACGAAGAUCACGGGGAAAAUGAAGAAUCGGAAAGAGACUUCAUGGGUGAAGUACUUCGACCAUGGAGGGGGAAGGGUCUCGGCUGUAGACACCAUGCCAACCGUGGAUACUACGGAGGAAUGGAUGGUGGAUCUUUCAAAGUUGUUCCUUGGGCUUAGGUUCGCCUCUGGCGCUCACAGCAGGCUUUACCAUGGGAUUUAUAAAGACCAGCCAGUUGCAGUGAAGAUGAUCACAGUACCAGAUGAUGACGAAAAUGGAGCCAUGGCGGCUCGGUUGGAGAAGCAGUUUACUACAGAAGUCUCUGUCUUGGUUCAUCUUCACCAUCGAAAUGUGAUAAAGUUAGUAGCAGCAUGUAGGAAGCCUCCCGUCUUUUGUAUCAUCACAGAGUAUCUUUCGGGCGGUUCCUUCAGGUCACUCCUGCACAAACUCGAGCACAAAGCUCUUCCUCUACCAAAAUUGGUAGCAAUUUCUCUAGAUAUUGCUCGGGGCAUGGAAUAUGUUCACUCACAAGGGGUGAUUCACCGCGACCUCAAACCUGAGAAUAUCCUAUUUGAUGAAGAAUUUUGCUUGAAGAUUGCUGACUUCGGAAUAGCCUGCGAGGCAGCAUAUUGUGAUUCUGUGGCUGAAAAUCCAGGGACCUAUCGAUGGAUGGCACCUGAGAUGAUCAAACACAAGCCCUAUGGCAGGAAGGUUGAUGUGUACAGCUUUGGACUUGUGUUAUGGGAGAUGGUGACAGGGACAAUCCCAUAUGAGGAGAUGACACCUGUCCAGGCAGCCUUUGCCGUGGUGAAUAAGAACCUGAGGCCCACCAUUCCUGCUAACUGUCCAGCUGCCCUUCGAGCUUUGAUCGAGCAAUGCUGGUCAUUGUAUCCAGAGAAAAGGCCUGAGUUUUGGCAAAUUGUGAAGGUAUUGGAGCAGUUUGAAUCUUCACUUACUUCUGAUGGCACAAUAAACCUGGUUCUGAACUCAACCUGCCCAGAUCAAAAGAAGCGGCUUGUUCAUUGGAUUCAGAAGCUUACCCAUGUGAAUCCUGAUAGUCUAUCAAAGAGUAAACACUCCUGACUCUUCAUUUGCUGAUUUUUUAAAGCUUUACCACCUACCAUGUAAUUAAAAUGCCUUCAAUCAUCUGUGAUUAGAGUAUCAAAGAAACAAGAACACACACAAAAGUAUGCAGGCAGACUUGAAAGCUUUUGCCUGUCAUGAGAAGAGCAAUUUCCUCUA